UAGAAAUUUUGAUUGUAUAAUACAAAUUCUCUUAUUACAGAUUCGUUCGUUCGAUGUAUAUACUAAUAUUGUAUAUCUAUGUAUAAUUUUUGAACGAUCAACAAUAAUAAAGGUCAGCCUUGAAAUUAUUUAUCCAAGGACUUUAAAUACAAAGACGCGUUGUCGUUUCUAAAGGAUAUAAACACAAGGUAACAGAGGAGAAUAGUCGGUAGUUAGUUUCAUUUCGUAUUUCAAUGAUAUCGGACGAACGAACGAACUUAUAUAUCACGUAUAUACAUAUUUAAUUCUAAUAUAUUAUCUUUCGUAUUAAAUAUUAUUAUUAGAAUAAUCGUACAUACAAAUUACGAAUUAUAAGUGUGUUAUUUUAUAUUAUUUAAACAAAUCUCCAAUAGUUUCAUUCUCGUUUUCUGUCAUUUAAAUAUUGUCGACUUAAUUAAUUUUUAUUAACUGUACGUCCUCGUUUUUAAACAAAAUAAAUACCGCGACGUUUAGUGUAAAUACAAAGGGAGGGGAGAGAAGAAAAGAAACGAAAAAAUAGUAAAGAGAGAAAGAAUAAAUGAACAAAAGAGUAGGAUAAAAAAUUCAGAAAGUUUGAAAAUAAUUAAUUAUUCGACAUGUUUACGAACUUUCAUCAAAAAUGGAACGCGAUGAGGGUCCCACGUAGAUUGGAUUCACCAAGAAUGGCAAAGAUCGUAAAAGAAAAAUCACCGUCACCGGAACGAACGGAAACAUCGGCAAUGGUUUACCUAUUGAUGAAAUCAUCGAUGAACAAACGAAAGAUUCAAAAAGAGGAAUCUCAUCGGGGUCGUUACAAAAUUUUUGGUGAUCUUGCAAAAUUACCUUGUGUUAAAAAACCAACGAGUAAUACUUACAAGAUGAAAGAUUUGUCGGAUAAUAUGUUCGAGGAUUACGAAGAUAAAAUCAAUUCUAAUAUCGUAGAUGUUAAUUCGUUCAAAGAUUCGAACAACGAGAUAUUAUUUCCCAAGGAAAGUGUUGAAUGUUUGAUUAAAAACGAGAUAAAAGUUGAGAAUGAAUCCGUAGAUGAUGCUUUUCUUAAUAACAAUUCACCGAUCGAUCCUCGUCGAUCAAUUCAAACGAAUAAUCGAAAACGUUCGUCCGCUGUGUCGUGUUCGUCGGCUGAGUAUCCUGUCGAAAAAAAAUGGCGACCUAGUUCAAAGGAACAUAUCAAAUCGAAGAUAAAAACAUCUACCCCGAAGAGGAUCAAACAGUCUUCGGUGUCCGACAUGAAAGAGUUGAUGCGAAUUACCAAAGCUUUUCAAAAUCGAAGAGGAAGACGUGUACCUGUCAUUUAUGAUAGGGCUAGACCAGGUCUUCCUAUAUUUUUCUCUUUCUUUUUUUUUUGUUCUUGUGUUUGUUUUUAUUUUCGUUUUCUUUUUUCGUUCGUUUUCUUUUUGAUUUCAUAUAGAAGUAAUAGAGUACAUAUGCAGUUUGUGUAGUUAUCUGUAUUGAGAAAAGUCGACCAAUUUUUUAUUUUUUGUAUCUAUUUUUUCCUCUCUUUCUUCAUUUUUUCGUUUUCAUUGGAUUUAUAAAUAAAUACAAAAGAUAUCGAUGCGUUAGAAGUGUGUUUAGUAUUUGGAAAAAUAUAUAUAUAUAUCAAAUAUAUUAUAAUUGAUAGUAUAAAGUCAAUUAUAUGUAAAUAAUAAAAAUGCAUCGCGCAUAAUUCAUAUGUAUAAACGACAAAAAAUAUACACACAUACAUACACGUACGUAUAUAUAAAAUAUGUAUGAAUAGAUAUACACACACGUGUGUGUGUGUGUGUGUGUGUGU